UACGGUACUUUGGCUUCGACUCGACUGGAUCUGGACGUAUACUAGACUGAUCUCGGUUCAACUGCGGGCUCGAGCAGCUGCUGCUAGGGACGUCGGCCGGCAAAAGCGCAAGCAAAAUGUCGAUUUGCGUUGCACCUCCCUAUUUAUCAGCUGAUGAAAGUAUCCUUACGAAGGAUAGAUUUCAUCUUACCAUAGGAAAACAUUCUUGUGAUGCUAACAUCUCAAUACACCGUGAUAAAAUCACUUAUCAGGCCGUUAAUGGAGCACAGUUGAAAGGAGACAGCAUAGCGUUCUCUGAUAUCGUUGGAUGCCGAAGAAUCGGGGGAGCUGUCGACCAGCAGUCGCUAAAGGAAUGCAGCGGUGAUGGUACAACAAGAAAGCAGAAAACAAGGUCGACGAGAUAUGAAUUAAAAGACAAGAGUGUAUGCUUGCAGAUUUUUGCUUACAAGUAUAACAAAAAUCCUAAAAAUGGUGGAGUACGCCGGAGAAAAGAGUUAACUUUGAUAGCUGAAGAAUUUGAGAUGCAUGAGGAGAAUGCUGCAUUGGUUGAGAAAUGGUAUCUCACCAUUUGGGCUCUUCUUCGAGGAGUAGAGUUUGCAAGUAUGAAUGAUUUGAAAGAAUCCCUUAUACCCAAACCCCCUCACUACUUGGUAUGCAUCAAUCCAUUCAGUGGUAAAGGUAAAUCACAUCAACUCUUUAAGAAUGAAGUCAAGCCUAUACUCAAAGAAGCUGGAAUCACCUUCAAAGAAAUCAUUACAGAAAGGAAAGGUCAUGGUCAUGAGUUGGCAGUUAAUCUAGAUCUGAAUCAGUACAAUGGUGUCAUCAUUGUUUCUGGUGAUGGGCUGGUAUAUGAGUUCAUCAAUGGGUUUGGAGAGAGACCAGACAGAGAAGAAGCAUUUAAGAUGCCAAUUGGUAUUAUCCCAGGUGGUUCUGGAAAUGCUCUAUGUUCAGCGAUUUUGUCAACCAGAGGUGAUUCUGUCAUGAAGAAUAUAGUGUGCCAUGCUGCUGUUGCUAUUGUCAAGGGUCAGGCUUACCCAAAGGACCUGGUACGAAUCGAGACCAACCAUCAAACAGUCCUUUCAUUUCUAUCUGUAGCUUGGGGUCUCAUUGCUGACAUUGACAUCGAGAGUGAACGAUUCCGCUUCCUUGGCGGAACAAGAUUUGCAGUUGGGACAGUUCAAAGGAUUUUGUUUCUCCGUAAGUAUCCUGGGCGACUGUCAUUUCUUCCUAUCAAAGACGAGUCCAAGUAUCGUCAUCUCUGGCAAAUAGAAGACAAGAAACUUACUAGUGCUCAGGAUGUCAAUGUGGACAAAUGCCAACAGAGGGAGCAAGAAGAUGGCAAGGUACAGCCAGAGGUUGGCAGGAACCGUAAUUCCAACCAGAAUGCAAAUGCCAGUUUGUCCAAUGAAGGUGCUGCUGCUGCUGUAUUGGAUGAUAUGAGUGAAUCAGUGAUGCCAUCCUUAGAUGAACAGGUGCCUUCAUACUGGACAGUCAUUCAAGGUGAUUUUGUUUGUGUUCUUAUCUCAUACAUCUCUCACAUAUCCAAUGAUUUUAUCAACCAUCCUGGUCGGGCAAUGGAUGAAGGUGUCAUAAUGCUACAGUAUAUGGACGUCAGCACAAACCGCAAGAAACUCAUUGGUACCUUAGAUAAAUUCAAGACUGGAGAGUUUAUGAAAGAGGAAUUUAUUGUAUCAAGAGUUGUGAAGGCUUUCAGACUUGAGCCACUUACUAAAGAUGGUAUCUUGACUGUAGAUGGAGAGAGAGUCAAGUAUAGUCCAAUUCAAGGAACAUUGACAACAUUUAAAUGCCACUGUAUAAUGUAACAACUCACCUAUUCUCUUUAGACUAUAACUACCAUGUACACAAUUCAGAAUUUAUAAUAGUCUAAACUUGUUUGAUCCAGAGUACAAUGUAUGUAGGCAUUUUAUAUGAUAUGUGAAUAUUAAUACAAGUAUAUCAGUAUUACAGUGUACCGUAUGUGUUUCUGGGAAUGCCUUGCUUUGAUAUUGUCUGUUUUGUGCUGACCAGGUAAUUUGAUUUAAGCUCAUUGAGACAAAAAUCUUUUGCAUUAUGUUUGUAUGAAAACUCAAGACAAAGACACCAGUUUUCAUUUUAGAAUAAUCAAUAGGAAUUAUGAGAAAUGCUGAGCUCUCAAACUGUUUAGCCAGUACAAUAAUUCUGAUUGCUGGAGAAUAACUAUAUGCUUUGAUUUUCAAUACAACAUGACAGGGUACUUGCCUUGCCCCAAGGCCAAAUGAAAUAAAUAUAAAUGUGCAAAGGCUCUACUGUUCACAUUAUAGCUAGCAUACUAGUAUCAUUUUACAUGUACCUGUAAUGAUUGCAUACAAAUAUUAACUUGGGCUUUGCCAAUUUACUAUUAUUGACACCUGAAGCAGACUGAAGCUUUGCUAUAAUAGGGACGGUCAGUGCAACGCACUAUACCACUUGCUCAUAACCUUGGACAGCGUUAAGGAAAUUUUUGAAUGGCUUCCUGAAUCACCUACUAAAAAACAACUAAAUAUUCUGAUGAAAUUAAAAGAGAGCCCCGCAGAAGACAUGUCAUGCUAGAUGUCUUUCCGGCUGCCAUCCAAGUUGCCAAGGAAUAUGUGUAAAUUUGUGUGGUUUAAAGACAAAUUGUCGUUAGCAGUCAAAGGUUGGUUCAGUAUGCAUGAUCUUCUUAAUGGGAAUUAGGAAUCUCCAUUUAGCAAUUCUUGGUUUGAAGGGCAAGUAUCUAAAUAAAAGUAUAUUGAAGCACCAAAUCUUCUCACUCUGCAGGGUGAUCGAGGUGCAAAGAGAGUUGAGAAGAAAAUAGAAAGGUUUUCAGCAGAUAUUUGUCUCGAUUGCAUAGCAGAAAUGGGCCCCGUCUUACAAAGAGUUGGGAUUGAUCCAUUCAAAUGUCAACUGUAUGGAAAUCCAUCCAUAGGCCUACCCUAAUAUUUUCCCCAAGAAAUUUGCACAAUCUUCUUAGAAAACAAAGAAAAUACCACUGAAUCUCCAAGAGAACGAUGAAUGUAGGAUCAUAUCUAGAAAAUAUUUUGAGCAAAUUUGCAUUUUAGAUGUUGACAUUGCUGGCCAUACAUAAUUAUGGCUGAUUGAAUCAAUCGCAACUCUUUGUAAGACGGGGCCCAGUAUUGUAUGCACCGCUUUUCAAACGGUGACGUUAUUAACAUUAAAAUCUUAAUCAAGGUUAAGUUUUUGUCUCACCUGCGAAGCAAAGUGAGACUAUAGGCGCCGCUUUUCCGACGGCGGCGGCG